AUGAAUACGGCCUCCGAAGUGCCCGAGAACGUUCCGUCGUCGGCCACCAUAAUAACGGAGAUCGGCUUCACGGAUUGGAAGCGCGCAGCGCAUUGCACAGGGAGAGCUGCCAAGGCUCACGACAACGACCUCACCUCGGACCAGCCCACAGAGCUUGGGCAGGCGGUCAUCGCUUCACUGCAAGACUGCAUCUUCGGCUCCGAACUCAAGCAGUCUCCAUUUCUACAGCUGGCAUGCAUGGCUCGGCUGGCAUGCAUCCGAUUGCUGGAGACGGCAGUGACGCCCGCCAACUGCUUCACGCUGCUGCACCUAGCCACCAGCUGCAAGCUGCCCAGCCUGGCGGCUGCAGCACACGCAGUUGCAAUGGCCGACUUUGCAGACGCAUGCAGGUUGGACGACAGGGGCUUUGUUGGGCUGCCCCUCAAGCUGCUCAUGCAUGUGCUGGGCUGUGAUGAAUUAGUCACAGGCAGCGAGCUCCAGGUGUUCUCUGCGGCUGCGCACUGGGUGGGAGCAGACAAGACCGCCCGCCUGCCCCACUUCCACAAGCUGCUUGUGGCGGGCGUGCGGCUGGGUUGCAUGAGCCGCAGCGAGCUGUAUGAGCUUGACACACACCCUCUCACGCCCUGCUGCCCUGAGGUAAUGAAGACAGUGGCCUUUGCAUACUUGGAGCUGUGCUACGGAGGGGCGGCUCGCGCGAAAACUCGGCCGCGCUGCAGCAGAAAGGCACUUCAGAAGCGUGCACAGCGGUGUGCAGCGGCCUCAUCAGCUGCAGAGGGAGCUCCCGUGCACCAGCAGCUGCCGCUGUGGGGAUGCCAGCCUCUGCAGUUGCUGCCGAGCGCUCCUGAGUGGACGCCCAUGGAGUGCUGCACUGCACCUGCCAGCUCAACGGGCACGAUGGAUGGGCCAUCCUUCUGGCCAGAAUCUCCCUCUGGGGUCCUGCUCCAGCCUGCAUUAGCACUAUCCAGCCUGGCUCUCAAUGGUGGCCAUGGAGGCAGCUCCUACCAGAGUAACAUACCAUUGUCAGGCCCUGUGCAGUCUGGUAUGGGACUCAAUGCGGCAGUGUUCAGGCCACAGCAGGCAUUCUCAGCCAGUGCAGCAGACGAGCAGCUUUGGAGAGCAGGCAGCAGCAUGGGUGUAUCUUCCAGCAACCAAGGCACGGCCGCAGCAGGCUUUGGAGGAGUGGAGGCAACGCCCCUGGACGAGUGCCACAGAAGCAUUGGCGCAGAUGCGAUGAUGUCUCCAGUGAAGCGCAAGGCUCCUGCUGCGCCUGCAGAGGAGUAUGAGGCGGAGGUGAUGCAGCCUGACAAGAUGCCCCGCAUCAACUCCUGCAGAAGGCUGCGCUUCUUUUGA